AUGGGCUGCGCGCCCAGCAUCCACGUCUCGCAGAGCGGCGUGAUUUACUGCCGGGACUCGGACGAGUCCAAUUCCCCCCACCAGACCACCACCGUCUCGCAGGGUGCCGCCACACUGCACGGCCUCUUCGUCAAGAGCGACGCGGCCGACUCCAUCCCCGCCGUCCUCGCCUACCAGAGCCGGCAGCCGCCGCCCUGCUCCGGCCCCCGCCGCAGGGAGCCCAGGGCGCCGCGCUGCUGCGGCAUCGAGGCGGAGACCCAGACCGGCAGCACCAGCCUCAAGCAGGCUUCAGCUACAGAGGUACAAAUUGGGCCUAUGAGACUGACACAAGAUCCGGUUCAGGUUUUGCUGAUCUUCGCAAAAGAAGACAACCAAAGUGACGGCUUCUGGUGGGCCUGUGACAGAGCUGGUUACAGGUGCAACAUUGCCCAGACUCCAGAAUCAGCACUUGAAUGUUUCCUUGAUAAGCACCAGGAAAUAAUUGUUAUAGAUCACAGGAAUUCCAGAUAUUUUGAUGCAGAAGAUAUCUGCAGGUCUAUUCGUGCCACAAAGCCAUCAGAACACACUGUAAUACUUGCUGUGGUUCCACGCACAUCUGCUGAUCAAGAAGAGACUUCUGUUCUUCCCCUUCUUAAUGCAGGCUUUGAUAGGCGAUUCAUGGAGAAUAGCAGCAUAACUGCUUGUUACAAUGAACUCAUUCAAAUAGAACAUGGGGAAGUGCGAUCUCAGUUCAAAUUACGGGCAUGUAAUGCAGUAUUUACAGCAUUAGAACAUUGUCAGGAAGCAAUAGAAAUAACCAGUGAAGAUCGUGUUAUUCAGUAUGUUAAUCCAGCCUUCGAGCAUAUGAUGGGGUAUCAGAAGGGAGAGCUCAUUGGCAAGGAACUUACUGAGCUGCCAAAAAGUGAUAAAAACCGUGCAGAUCUGUCAGACGCUAUCAACGCAUGUAUUAAAAAAGGAAAGGAGUGGCAAGGGGUUUACUAUGCAAGAAGAAAAUCUGGAGACAGUAUCCAGCAACAUGUGAAGAUAACACCAGUGAUUGGUCAAGGAGGGAAGAUCAGACACUUGGUGUCCCUCAAAAGGCUGCGUUGUACUAACGAAAACAACAAGCAGCUCUGCAAGAGUCAACGCGAUGAGAAUUAUUCAGGAGACAGUUCUCAGUCAGAAUCCCAUUCCUUCAAAUGCAAGAACAGAAGGAAAGACUCAGUUGAUGUUAAGUCGAUAACUUCACAAAGUAGUGAUGCUCCAAGUUUACAGACCCGGCAGUACUCUUCUAUGGCAAGGAUCCACUCAAUGACAAUAGAAGCUCCUAUCACAAAGGUUAUUAACAUAAUUAAUGCUGCCCAGGAAAACAGCCCCAUCACUGUAGCAGAAGCCUUGGACAGAGUUCUAGAAAUCUUGCGGACAACAGAACUUUACUCCCCUCAGCUAGGUACCAAAGAUGAGGAUCCUCACACAAGUGAUCUUGUUGGAGGUCUGAUGACUGAUGGCUUGAGAAGACUGUCUGGAAAUGAGUAUGUGUUUUCCAAGAAUAUGAACCUGAGCCAUAGUCACCUUUCAGUGCCAAAUACUAUCAAUGAUGUUCCACCUUGUAUUGCACAGCUCCUGGAUAAUGAGGAAAGCUGGGACUUCAAUAUCUUUGAAUUGGAAGCUGUUACAAAUAAAAGGCCACUAGUAUAUUUAGGCUUAAAAGUUUUUGGCCGGUUUGGGGUCCCUGAGUUUUUGAACUGCUCAGAAGCCACACUGCGAGCAUGGCUGCAGGUGAUGGAAGCCAACUACCACUCCUCCAAUGCAUACCACAACUCCACGCACGCUGCGGACGUCCUGCAUGCUACUGCCUUCUUUCUGGGAAAGGAGAGAGUUAAGGGAAGCCUUGGCCACUUAGAUGAAGUGGCUGCAUUGAUAGCAGCCACCAUUCAUGAUGUAGAUCACCCUGGACGGACCAACUCUUUCCUCUGCAAUGCAGGCAGUGAAUUAGCUGUCCUUUACAAUGAUACUGCUGUGCUAGAGAGCCAUCACACAGCACUGGCAUUUCAGCUGACAGCUAAGGACAGCAAAUGCAACAUUUUCAAGAAUAUUGAUAGAAAUCACUAUCGGACAUUGCGCCAGGCCAUUAUUGAUAUGGUUCUGGCAACAGAGAUGACAAAGCACUUUGAACACGUGAACAAAUUUGUGAACAGCAUCAACAAGCCAAUGGCAUCUGAGGAGACCACCUCACAUAGUGAAGGCAGUGACUGUGAAUGUACAGCCAACAUGAAGAACUUUCCAGAUAACCAAACACUGAUCAAGCGUAUGAUGAUUAAAUGUGCAGAUGUAGCAAAUCCAUGUCGUCCCCUAGAACUAUGUAUUGAAUGGGCAGGGAGGAUUUCAGAGGAAUAUUUUGCACAGACAGAUGAAGAGAAGAGACAGGGUCUCCCUGUUGUGAUGCCAGUAUUUGAUAGAAAUACCUGCAGCAUUCCCAAGUCUCAGAUUUCCUUCAUUGAUUAUUUUAUAACAGACAUGUUCGAUGCAUGGGAUGCAUUUGCACACCUGCCUGUUUUGAUGCAACACUUGGCCAAUAACUACAAACACUGGAAAAUGCUGGAUGAGUUAAAAUGCAAGAGUCUCAGGCUUCCAUCAGAAAACAACAACUGA